GUGUAAAUUCAGUGCGUUUUGAAUAACGCGCGCGAUAAGCACUCAACCGACGCUCUGAUUUUUUGCAUAGACGGGAAAAAAGCCUUGAAAAUAAAUAUAUUUCAAAAUAUUUGUGGAAAAAUUUUAAAAAGUAAAAUUUUGGAAAAUCCGUAGAAAAUGCGGUGUCUUAGUGGUUUACUGAUUUUGUUGUUCCUUGGCGCCUGUGCUGCCUUCGGACAAUAUCACAUGCGACACUACAACAGCCGUCAAGUGGACUCCAGUGAGGAGGAUGACACGAAUACUGUGUUGCGCUCCUAUCGUCGUUGCAUGUGGGAACAAUCGAAAUUUCUACCGCGUCGCCUGGUGUUGCUCAGCUUAUGUGCGAAUUUGUUUUGUGAAAAUAAUCAAAUCGUACCACGUUCCAGGUCUAUUUUUGUAGUGGAAAAGAUGUCUAGACCCAACGACUGCCUGGACAUUUUGCCCGACCAAUGCGAGCAAGGCGACGAGGAGGAACUCAUGUAUAAACCCUUUCCGGAUUGCUGUCCGGUCUAUUGCAAUCUGAAGCGACGCAUGCAACGCUUAAAGACAAUGCAUUAUCGACAUCGUAAGCUCUUGAAUUUGCAACAACAACAAGCGCAAUCGGAUUUAAUACUCGGCAACUAUAAUGUGGAUGAACUGGGCUUCAGAUAAGACCGUUGAUGAAGGAUCAAGGACCACACUUGGUAGCGUGACAAGUGCGUAAAGUGCCAAGUUUCAAUGCGUCAUUAUGAAAAAUAUAUUUGAAUUGUAGAAAAUUCAAUUUAAAAGCAAUAUACACGUAAUCAAAUUCAAA